GGAAUUGAUCAAUUAAGACAAGGUCUGGGUGUGCCAGUGCAAGAGCCUAAUCUGCAGACACAAAAUCAAUUUCUUUUGGCAUCUCAACAACAGCAGGUCUCGGCACAGGCUCAAGCACAAAGCAACCUUGUUAACACAACCAAUUUUGGGGACACAGACCCUCGUAGAUUUGGUCAAAUGCCUAGGGCUAAUUUGAAUACAAAAGAUGGCCAAUCUGCUAGAAAUGAUGGAUCCAUAUGCUCUCCUGUCCAAUCAAGUUCUCCAAAGAUGAAGAUGGGUCAAAUGCAGCAUUCUUCAUCCCAACAACAAGAUCAAUUGUCACAGCAGCAGCAACUGCCACAGAUGGUAUAGGAGGUCUCACAUCAUCUUCCAAUCUGCUGGAUGACAUGGAGCGGUUUGAUGCAUUGGAUGAAAAUAUGGAAACACUACUUUCGCAUGAUGGAGGUGAUGGAAGGGACUUGUAUGGAAGCUUAAAGCAA